AUGGAAGACCAGACCACGCCGAGUUCGACUACUGGGUCAAUUCAAAAGAAGAGAGCCCCACGAGCCUGCAACAUCUGCCGAGCUCGAAAGGUUAAGUGCGAUGGAAAUCUACCAUGCGCGAGAUGUUUGGACAGUCGUAUUGAUUGUCUUUAUCCUGGUGGUGUCAAAUCGCGGUCAUCCGCAAGCAUCAGAUCAAUUGCGCCAAAGCCUUUGCCAAGGCAACAGCCAUUGAACUCUCAGACAAGAGAAGCACCACAAUCAAAUUCGCGCAUUGAUGAAGAUCCAGUCACCAACAAGAAACAGCAAGAGUUGCGAGCUGGCAUUGGCGCAUUUGACGACAACACGGAAGCCUACCAGUUCUAUGGGCCUUCAAGUCAUUUCUCAUUCGUGCAACGUCUAUAUCAACGCAUUCGGCGUCAAGGUAACGCCCCGCUCAAUGUGUCGCGUCAGGUGCCAGAGGGUCUCCGAAAAUGGGGUAUUGAACGUCAGAUAUUCACGUAUGGAGACGAGGGCUCCUCUUCCAAGAACUCAGUUCCAGAUGGCAGUUUUCUACCAAAAGAGCUAGGUGAGGCGUUCAUUUCAGCUUAUUUUACUCUCAUGCACCCCCAGGGACCGAUAUUGUCUGAGCGCGAUGUCCGGCAGACAUGGGAGGCUCUCUGGACUGGACCUAGUUAUGCGCCGAAUCAGAGCAAGAAGCUCGCUCAACAGAAGGCGAUUCUGUACAUGGUUCUGGCUAUCGGUGCGAGAUUGACUGACCAUGAACCUUCUUCAUCGGAUGCCUGGGCUCAACACUUUUACGACCGUGCAGGCGUACCUACAGACUCUUUCGAGGAAACAUCUCUUCUUGGGACUCACCUGCUACUGCUAAGAGCCAUGUACGGAAUGCAGAUCGGAAGACCAAACAUGAUGUAUCUCUAUCUUGGUCAUGCUUCUCGAUCUGCUAUGGCACUAGGCCUUCAUCGUGCCCAGGUAGUGGCAGGCAACAAUUCGUUUCUGAACACUCUUCGACUGACCUUUUGGACUACCUUCUAUAUGGAGCGCAUGGUGUCGAUGUUCACUGGCAGACCUUCUUGCUUCGUUGACGAAUCAAUCGACACUCCCCAUCCUACCGACUGUCAGCAUGCAGAGGACGGAAGUCAGAACAUCGAAUACGCAUACAUUAGGGCCAUGGCGGCGCUCGGCAAGAUCAGUGAAAGGAUCAUGGCUUGUCACUACUCUCCCACCAAACCAACACGAGUUUCUGAUUUGACAGAAGUCAAUCGGGUCAAUAAUGAGUGUUCAGGAGCGCUGAAUGAACUCCUGGAAACUCUACCACCAUACCUGCAUUUUUUCGAUGACAAGACACCGAUUGGUGAGACUUGGCAAGAGGUGCAGAGAAUCUGUCUUGGGGCUACUUACCAUAUCGCGUGCAUCUUGAUGAUGCGGCCGGCUUUGGUGUAUGUCACAUUCUUUGAAUCAAAACAGCAGGCCCAGGACAGUAUAGGUGACCGCAUCGACAUCCAACGAGACAUCAAGCGCACCGUCUCUUCCGCUAAGGACUUGAUUUCAUUGGUCCACGACGGUUUCUUCAACCGCUGCCUCGCGAUGAGAAGAGAUGGAAACAUGGUCUACUUCAUCGUCUCUGCAUGUCUCGUCCUUCUCUUCGAUGUCCUCGACACUGAGACCACAUCUGCGCAUGCAACAGAAGUGUUCCAAGAAGUGGAGAAAGGUUUGAAAUGCCUAGACCAGAUCGAUCACAUUGGUUCCACAACAGGUCGAGCCAUCAGUCUAGACGUGAUGAAAAUCGCAAAGGAUGCUCUCAAAUCUACAGAGCCGACGACUCAUCUGGGAACAAAUCUGAUGGAGUCGUUCACCUGGCUCAACAACGAGAUGUUUGAUCAAGCACCCUAUGACUCUGCAAGCUCGUGGUUGUAUAACUCUCUUGAGAUGCCGUCGUUUGACUACAGCACGGUUGGUAUGACGGAUUUGUUUGGACCUAAUGGUGGUGCGGAUCUUAUGGUACCGAUGGCAUUCGACAUGAUGGGCCAGGGACUCCAGGUGGCUGAUGGUAAUUAUGUUCCAUCGCAAACUGCACCACAAAAUCAAUGA